CACGCUAACGUAGUCGGACCCCGACCACAGACGUCACUUCGAAAACAGAUCGACCUUUUCUCCAAACACACUCACGUAUCCUAUACACACUUUACGCGUCAGCUCUACUUUAGAAUUAAGCCACCAUGGCAUUACGGGAAGAAACAGCGACCAAAGCAGAAGCAUCUGCAAUCGAAACCUCAACACCAGAAAUCUUCUCUCCAGACGAGGAGAAGAAGCUACUCGACGAGUCCAACACCGAGAAAACUUCAGCGAACAAGAUCUUCACAUCCGGCGAAUACAACGGCGCGAUACAAGGCUACGAAAAAGCUUUAGCAGUCUGCCCCUCAUACCUCGAAUACGACAUCGCCGUCCUCCGUUCCAACAUCGCAGCGUGCCACCUAAAGCUCUCAGAAUGGAAACAAGCCGUAGAAUCCGCAACACAAGCACUUGAAGCACUAGACCGAAUAGACCCACCAGCACAAAAAGACACCGGAAAAGAUGGCGCGAACGAAACAACAGGCGGCGGCGCAAUCGCAGAAAUCGACGACACGACAGAACUUUACCUCGACGCCCUAACCCGCACUAAUCACACCAUAAACGACGUCCAUAAACUCCGCACGAAAGCCCUUCUGCGCCGCGCAAAAGCCAGGCAUGAAGUUGGGGGUUGGGCGUCUCUUCAAGGCUCAUUGGAAGACUACCAAGCCCUUUCCAAACCACCACACCAGCUCUCGAGCCUCGAUCAGAAAGCCGUACAAGCCGCGUUGCGAAAGUUACCGUCGGAACUGGAUGAGGCGAAGAACACGGAGAUGGCAGAUAUGAUGGGGAAGCUGAAGCAAUUGGGGAAUGGGAUAUUGAAGCCGUUUGGGCUCAGUACGGAGAACUUUCAGUUUACUAAAGAUGAGAAGAGUGGGGGGUAUAGUAUGAAUUUCAAUCAGGGGGGGAAGUAGAUGAUGGCGGGGGUUUAGUGAUAUGGGUUGUUCAGAGCUGCGUCUCCAGUAUGGGAAUCGUAGACUCCAUCGCAUGACCGACUACAUCCAUGCAAUGUAGUUACGACCUAACCAUGCAUAUCAAUACGCCAACUGAGUAGUUUUUGCGAUAAGGGAAGCAACUGACCAUGGAUGUCUGUCACAACGCGAUCUGCUCGCCACUGAUCAUAGCUCCACCACUGUAUAUACCAUUCAUGAGCUAACGCCCUACCGUUAGUUACAACCCCAUAUUAUCAGAUCAGAAAGGCAUAUACCAGAAUCAUCAUAGACCUGCCGAUAAUAAUGACCCGCCAUAUCUG